AUGUCUGAUACUAUUGAUGAUGACGAGUCUUUGAUAGCUCAUGAAUAUACACCAUUGAAUAGUUUCCGAAGACAACUGGUUUUGGAUGCUCCUAUUGGUUCAUUCAAAGGUCCUAACUCGUUACAUAAUUUUGCAAGUUCAUUCACAAGAGCUCAAUCCUAUCAAGCAAGUAAAUUGGACAGUAAAAUUCAUAAGAAGAGAUCAUUCUUUCAACAACAUGACGACGGAGAAACCGAUGAAACUUUCGACCCAGAAUUAAUGAUCCCUUCAAUGAGAGGUGAAAGAUUAAGUACUGUAGUUCAUGAUAUGAAUCUUUUAAGAAAUAACUUAUUCAGUUAUGAUGGUCAUUCUUAUAAUUCUCCAGGUAAUGGAAGUGGUACAUCUCCAUAUAAUAAUGACGUGUUUUAUCAAGAUGAUAUAAUCAAUGCAUUGAAUAGUUCUAAAUCUAGAACUAAUUCCACAGCUACUUCAUACCAAGGAAUUCCUAUACCCAAAAGAAGAGUUAUCCCAGCACCUUCAUUUUCAUCAAUUCGAAGUUCUAUUUCUAAUAUCACCACUGCUGAUUAUCUUAAUACUAAAAAAAUCGAAGAUAAAGAUGGUAAUGUGGUUACAGUUUUAGAAGGUCAAAGUACAGCUCCUCAAACAAUUUUCAAUUCUAUUAAUGUCCUUAUUGGUGUAGGGUUAUUAGCCUUACCAGUAGGUUUCUUAAAAGCUGGUUGGAUCAUCGGUGUACCAUUAUUAUUGGGAUGUGGAUUUGCAACUUAUUGGUCAGCCACCUUAUUAUCCAAAUCUAUGGAUACUGAUAAAACUUUAAUGACUUAUGCUGAUUUAGGUUAUGCUUCAUAUGGAUCUAUGGCAAAAUUAUUGAUUUCUUUGAUCUUUUCCAUUGAUUUAAUUGGUGCUGGAGUUUCAUUAAUUGUUUUAUUCUCCGAUUCACUUUAUGCAUUAUUGGGAGACGAUGAAAACUGGACGAAACCCAAAUUCAAAAUCUUAAGUUUCAUCGUAUUAACUCCUUUUACUUUCAUGCCAUUACCUAUUCUUUCAAUUUUUUCAUUAUUUGGUAUUAUAUCUACCAUUUCCAUAACUAUAUUAGUAUUAGUAUGUGGGUUAUUGAAAGCUGAUUCACCUGGAUCUUUGAUAGAUGUCAUGCCAACAAAAAUUUGGCCAGAUAACUACACAGACUUAUUACUUGCUAUAGGUAUUUUAAUGGCUCCUUUUGGUGGUCAUGCUAUCUUUCCCAAUUUAAAGAGUGAUAUGAGACAUCCAUACAAAUUCACUCAAACUUUGAAAACCACCUAUUCAAUUACUUUGUUAACUGAUUUUUCUAUGGGGGUUUUAGGGUUCUUGAUGUUUGGAAUGUAUUGUAAAGAUGAAAUCACUAAUAAUAUCUUAUUCACUAAAGGUUACCCUGAUUGGAUUUAUCCUUUAAUCUCAGGACUCAUUUGUCUUGUACCCAUUGCAAAGACUCCUUUGAAUGCUAAACCAAUUAUUGCAACUUUAGAUUCUAUGUUACAUACAAACACAGAAUCAUCCCAUUGGUUCAAAGCAUUAAUCAAGAACCUCGGGAAAUUCAUCACCAGAGUGGGUGUUAACGCCAUUUUCGUUUACUUGGCCAUUGUGUUCCCUGAUUUCGAUAAAAUUAUUGGUAUGUUAGGGGCAUCUAUUUGUUUCUUAGUAUGUAUCAUAUUACCUUGUUGUUUUUAUUUGAAAUUAGUGAAAACUUCAGGAUUCGAAAGAUUCAUGGUCCUUCUGGCAGUUUUUGUAUCAACAUUCUUAGCUGUAUUGGGGACCUGGGCCGUUAUUGUAUUCUAA